AUGGUCUUGCCCCAGGCCAACCCAUACGACCCAACCCUGGGUCGUAUGGGACCCAGGCCUGGGUCCUACACGGAUGUUCCACCGGGGGCGGGGUUCCGGUCCAGCCCCGCGCCCGGGGUUCGAUCCUCAGCUCGGCUGGUCGCCUCCGAGCCCCUCCCUCCCUUUCCUACCCUCAACCACCAUCUCACCCAGUGGACCAGCCGUGGGUGCCGGAUCGGAUCGGUUCGGAUCGGUUCGGAUCGUCCGGAUCAGCUUGAAAUCGGGCGUGCGUGGUUUCCCCUGCUUCGAACGGGUUUCGGGGGCUCUGGGGUCGGGUCGGGUCGGUCGGCGAGUGGGAUGGGGCGCGAUGGGUCCCGCGGGGUCUCGUUUUCGAAUCGGUCGGAGUGA